CUCUCUCUCUCCACCCCUCUGGUUCUUUGGCUCAGAUUUUCAGCAGACGGACAGAAGAGCAGAGAAGUGAAGCAUCAUGGACGUCCUGAAGAAGAGUUUCUCGGUGACCAAAGGCGGCGUGCUGACGGCUGCAGAGAAGACCAAGGCCGGGGUGGAGGAGGCCGCCAGCAGGACCAAGGACGGGGUAAUCUCCAUCGGAAACAAGAUGACGGAGGGCGUGGUGACCGGAGUGAACACAGUGGCCCAGAAGACGACCGAACAGGCGAACAUCAUGGCCGACACUGCCGUGUCCGGAGCCAACGAGGUUGCCCAGGCAACAGUGGAAGGGGUGGAGAAUGUUGCAAGUGGAUUUGUCAGUGUGCAGGCCAGCGUUCCUAAAACAGAGGCCGGGGAGGAGCAGAACCAGCACGCCAACCAGUAGACUCUCAUCCUCACUUCCUGGUUUUCUUUCUGUACGACGAAGAACAAGAGGAAGUUCACAUUGUAGCUGUCACUCAACCCUUUGACCUCUGACCUUUUAGAACACCUAUGUGUGUAACCUAACUUUACAU